GAGAGGGAAAAUCUGAUCUGGAUAAUGGCGCAGAAACUCGCACAGCCUAACUUCAUGUUUCGUUAGCGCGCUCAUCUGGAGGGUCGCCGUGGAGUGGAACAGCACGCGAGUGCGUGAUUUGUAAAUUCAUCCAAAAACGAAACAAACUUUGAAGUUAAAGGUCGGAUUUUCCGUCUUGGUUUCCUGAUGUGCUGAUAAAUUAAAGCUGGGCGUUGUGAUGACUCCGGGGGCAUGUUGUGUAUCGCGAGGACCGUUUUGGCACCGCGCGGGUCGUUUUUUAUCGUGAAAUCGACUCGCAAAUUGUUGUAAACGUGGAAAGACCGUCACGCGGUGUGCGUAAUGGCUCGCUACUCCAGUCCGGAUUUUCCAUGUGAGGCGCGCCGGAGCCCUGGAGGUGGAUAAGCUGGUAGAGCCCGCUCUCUCUCGUGCCAUGCUGGGCCACAAGGGCUCCAGGAGACGCUGCUACACAUUACUGAGAACCGGGAUGGAGGAGAGGCGGAGGGGGGAAGGCAAAAAGUUUCUUUAAACCUGCCAGAGAAACUUUGAAGAUGAAGCCUCGCUGACGCCACAGCAGCAGCAGCGCGACAGCCAGGCGAAGCUUUUUCCUCGGGUUUUAUUUUUGACCCCCGAGCUCGUGUUUUCUCCCCUCUGUGUUAUUUUGUGCGCGCGCGGCUGGUCGGGGCUCGCUGUCACUGCGCGCUGAGAUGUUGGAGUGACCAUGGCUGCGCAAGUGGCAUCGGCUCCGACCAGAACCAACAGCAAAAAUAAGAAACUAGCCGGCGGUCUGGGUCCCGAGCUCAAUUCGGGGAAAUCCGGAGGAGGAGGUACAGGACAGCGAACGGGACCGAUGCUGGCUGCUGGAGAUGGGACUCUGAAUAAUGUAGAUAAUCACCGCCGGAACGAGCUCAGCAUGGUCCAUUCAACUUCCACGAGUCACGGCGCUCCGGACGGACACGACAAGGCUGGGAAUAACCUCGCGUCCGCCACGGCGUCGACUAAUUCGAGCGCUUCCUCGAUGGAGUCGAGUUUGAUCGCGAACCACAAGCUGAAGUGUGCGGGGAGCGGAGAUCCCCCUCAGUCUCAGCCACCGCAGCAGCCGCCGCCGCAAUUCGGCCAGUUUGCGCCACAUCAGCAGCGGCAGAUCCAAAGUAACAACAGCGCCAGUAACAACGGCCAGGUGCCCCGCGGGGACAGGAGCGCGGAUCACCAACACCACAGCGGCAAAGAGAACCUGUUGGGGGGCCAGGAGGAGCCACAGCAGCAGCACAUGACAGGGAAAGGUGAAGGGGAGCUCACCUGUAAGCCCUCCGAGAGGAUGAUGGCCGCCAGGUACGAGCACUCGAACUUGGGGCCACCGAGUAACAACUCCGAGUUCAAUAACAACUAUUACACUCCGAGGCCCUGCUACGAGCAACAUGGCGGGCAGCAGCAACAAAGCAGCGGGAUGGGGAUAACGCACUCCUCGGCACAUAACAGCAUGGAGAACUCCCACGAAGCAGGGUACCACAACAGCCAGUACGGCCAGUAUCCCGCCUACCGAGCGGGCUACGGCGGCGGGGGCUACGGGAUGAUGGGCCCCUCUGGAUGUCGGCAACCUGGGAACAUGAUGAUGGGCAGCAACUCCUCUGCGAGCCACGGCAAGUCUCCUUUGGGAGCUGCUUCGGCUGGCUUCCAGAGGUUCCCGGGACAAACCCAGCCGCAGCAGCAGCAGCAGCAUCCCUCGGGGGCGACCCCGACCCUCAACCAACUGCUGACGUCCCCCAGCCCGAUGAUGCGGGGCUACGGGGGUGCUUAUCAGGACUACAGUGGCCCUGCGGCUCAGCAGCAAGCCGGCAUGGGCCCGGGGAAAGACGUGGGGUCCCAGUAUGGAGCCACUUCGGCCCACUGGGGAGGGCAGCAGAGGAGCCAUCCACACGCAAUGAAUCCUGGAAACGCAACGCAGGGCCUCGGCAGGACGCAGGUUUCCUCCAUGGACUUCAUGGCUAUGAAGCGCUCGCAGCUGUACGGCAUGUCCAACAAUCCCUACUCCGCCCCGCAGCAGCCGGGGGCCGGACCCUAUCCCCCCAGCCAGCCCUACGCAUCGCCUCCCCCGCAUCGAUACCCGAUGAGCCUACAGGGGAGGGGUCAAAUGGGCAUGGGUGGGAUGCAGUAUCCUCAGCAGCAGCAGGUGGUGCCAUAUGGCCAACAGGGGAUGGUUGGAUACAGCCAGCAGCAGCAGCAGCAGCAGCAGCAAGGGGGGCAGCAGGGAACCCCUCCGUACUUCAGCCCCCCUCAUCAGACCCCUCCAGGACCAACCCCAAGCUCCUACCUGCAGCCUCGGCCGCCACUGCAACAGGAGGCCCAGCAGGAGAGCUACAGCAUCAGGGGUCCUACCCCAGGGAAUUCUGGGAAGGCUAACAAUGAGGAUAACGUCUCCCAUGAACGCCCCUCAAGUCUGCCGGAUCUGUCCGGCUCCAUUGACGACCUCCCCACCGGGGAGGCUGGCCUGGGCUCGGCCGUCGGCGCCGGGGGCUCCUCCAGCAGCAGCAGCAGUAGCCAAGGGGAGCAGGGAAGCACCGGUAACCAGGGACAGUCCCCCUUCUCCCCUCACGCCUCCCCGCACCUCCCCAGCCAGAGGAGCGGGCCCUCUCCGUCCCCCGUCGGCUCCCCGGCCGGCUCCACUCAGUCCCAGCAGUCCCGCUCGGGUUCAGGCCCCAUCUCACCUGCCAGCGCACCCUCUGCCAACACCUCUGUGCCAGGUUCAGCCAUGGCCCCGCAGAGCUCUGGAAACGGACCUGAUGGAGGUCACCCGCCAAUCACACGCUCACCUAUGGCUCAGGAGAGAGGGUUCAACAUGCAGAGGAACCAGGCUGCCUCUCAGUUUGCGUCUCCACAGACCGGACCUCCCAUGUCCCCCCACCCAUCGCCAGGGGGCCCCCUCUACUCUGGAGUGGGCCCGUACUCCCAGGGUGGCCCCGCGGGCCCUUAUGGACCGCACGCACCUCAGUAUGGACACCAAGGCAACUACGCACGGCCCUCCAACUACAGCGGGACAGCCAGCACCGGCUACAGUGGCCCCGGCCCCGGCGUAACCAACAGCCUGGGCAUGAACGCUACCAGCCCCAUGCACGGCCAGGGGCCCGGCCAGCCCGUGCCCGGAGGACGCGGCCACGGCCCAGGCAGCCAGAACAGGGUGUACCCGGCCAUGGGUCCCACUUCUCCCAGCGUACCCCAGCCAGCUGGGCCCGGGAUGGGUCCCCCUUCUUUGGGUAGCUCUAACCGCAAGACCCAGGAGGCGGCAGCGGCUGCCGUGCCGGGAUCUGCCAACUCAGUGCACAACAGGACGCCUCUGUACGCGAGGCCCCCAGCCCAGACGCAGCCCACCUCCACCCGCUGGCCCACACCCCACCAUUCCUCCACCUGUCCACUGCCUUCACCCCCUCCCCGACCUCAUCCUCCAUGCAUCCAUUCGCAUCAACAUAGGCAGAGCAACUACCAAGGCCCCGGCAUGAGCCAAGCCAGCGCUGUCCCCUACAGUCAGCCAGCGGGCAGCAACGCCGCAGCCACAGGCAACGCACAAGGUCCUGGCUACAACAUGCCUCCUUCAGGAUCCAUGGGAAUGUCAGGAGACGGGAUAAUGAGCCCAGAUGCCAAACCGAAAAUGGACGUGAAAGAUGACAGCGGCCCCGCCAACGAGCCCCACAAACCAAAGCUCCCGGACGUUUACGUCAACAAUAACAGCGGCGGCGGCUCCCAGCAGUGCGUUUCCCAGCCACCCACUCCGGGCGGCGCCCUACCUGUGCCCUCCCUCUCACCCAGCCCCGCCAGCCUCUCCUCCUACCACGGAGAUGACAGCGACAGCAUCAGCAGCCCCCCCUGGCCUCUCAAGACUCCCUCCAGCCCCAAAGCCAACCCUAACGCCUCUCCGUUCAGCGGCGAGCGAAUCACGCGGCUGUACGAGCUCGGUGGAGAGCCGGAGAGACGAGGCUGGGUGGAGCGUUACCUGAACUUCAUGGAGGAGCGGGGCACACCUGUUAGUCAGCUUCCCACUGUGGGCAAGAAGCCGCUGGACCUGUGGAAGCUCUACAUGGCUGUUCGGGAAAUAGGAGGCCUCGCCAUGGUAAACAAGAACAAGAAGUGGCGUGAGCUGUCCAGCACCCUGAACGUGGGUACAUCCAGCAGCACCGCCAGCUCGCUCAAGAAGCAGUACAUCCAGUAUCUGUUUGCCUACGAGUGCAAGAUGGAGAGGGGAGAAGACCCGCCAGCGGACAACAGCAGCAGUAGCAGCAGCAUGGCUGGAGGGGACAACAGGAAGCAGGUCAAGAUCCAGCCGCCUUCACCUGCUAAUUCAGGCGGCUCCCUCCAGGGCCCACAGACGCCUCAGUCCUCUGCCAGCAGCUCUACAGCAGAGGCAGCGGGGGACCUGAAGCCCCCCACGCCUGCCACCACCCCCCUGGGACAGGUCACACCACUGCCCCCCAACAGGAGCAGUGUGAGCGUGCAGGACCCCUUCUCAGAGGUGAGCGACCCGGCCUUCCAGAAGCGGACUCCCGCCCUGCCCCCCUCGGCUCCGUACCAGCAGGGCCUCAGCAUGCCUGACAUGAUGAUGAGGAUGCAGUACGAUGCCAAGGACCCCUUUGCCGGGAUGAGGAAGAUGGCAGGAGCCGAUCCUUAUAUUCCAGCCCAGAUGCCCGGAAGCGGUAUGCAGGACAUGUAUGGUCGACCCCCAUCAGCCCUGAGCAUGAGCCAAAGGUCGCAGUACCCGUAUGGGCCGGGCUACGACAGGAGACCGGACCAUAUAAUGGGGAUGGAGGGGACCAUGGGCCCCCCUGGGAGCCAGAACAACAUGGGACCUUCCAACAGUGAGGGCAGCAUGUACUCACCCAGCAGAUACUCCUCACAGCAGAGACACGACGGCUACGGGCAGCAGUAUUCCAACAUGCCAUACGGGAUGCAUCCAUCUGGGAUGUACCCACAGCAGCAGCAGGGCUACAAACGUCCGCUGGAUGGAAUGUACGGCCCCCCGCCCAAGAGACACGAGGGCGACAUGUACGCCAUGCAGUACACCAACCAGCAGCCGGACAUGUACAACCACUACGGCAGCGGUUACUCUGAACACAGACCGCUCCAGGGACAGUUCCCCUACCCGUACCCCCGCGACCGUAUGGCCCCCUCGGGCCAGAGCCAGCACAGUAUGCUGGGCGGGGGCCCCCCUCCUAAUCACGCUGCCGACGGGCCCAACAUGUGGCCUUCGAGGACAGACCUCGGCUACCCCUACCCCAGCAGGCCGGGAUCACAAAUGCCCCCGUACGGCUCGAUGGGCAGAGACGACAUGGACGGGCGGCCCGGGCCGGAGCAGUGGCACCGGCAGUCUCCGUACAUGUCAUCAUCGGGCGGCAUGCCCCCCCUGUCCUCACGCCAGCCAUCGUCCUAUUCCAACUCCCCGUCCAUGGCCAACCACCUGCCCAGAGCGCCGAGCCCAGGGGCCUUCCAGCGCUCCAUGGACUCUCGACUGUCCCCCAGCAAAGCGCCUUUCAUGUCCCCCAUGAAGAUGCCUAAACCCGGCCUGGCCAUGAUGGGAUCGCAGGGCGGUGGACCCAUGGGGCAGUUUCCUCCUAAUCUGAGGAGGGACCUUAACUACCCACCGGGUUCAGUGGAGGGCACCCUGCCGAUUCUCAAGCCUCGACGCAAGCUAACAUCCAAGGACAGUGGAACGCCUGAGGCCUGGCGCGUGAUGAUGUCUCUGAAGUCUGGCCUGCUGGCAGAGAGCACGUGGGCGCUAGAUACCAUCAAUAUCCUGCUGUACGAUGACAGCACAGUGGCCUCCUUUAACCUCUCCCAGUUGCCUGGAUUCCUCGAGCUCAUCGUCGAGUACUUCCGCCGUUGCUUGAUUGAGAUCUUUGGCAUCCUGGAAGAGUUUGAGGUGGGGACUAAGAAACGGUCCUCAAGUCCAGCGUCUGCACAGAAAGAAAGACCUGAGUGGGAUUCUGGCUCUCCUGUCCAGCCUGAGCUCUCCAAAGCCGAGGAGACCCAGGUGGAGCAUGCCGAGGGCGUCACGGAGGAAGUGACACCUGUCGCUGCAGAGCCGGCCAAGGUGAACGGCGAAACAGAGGAGUCCAACAUGAGCGUUAGCAGGGAGGACAAGAGUGGAGAAGAUGGUGAAAAGGAGGGAAAAGAAGAAGAAGAGGAGGCAGCAGAGGGUGAAGCAGAGUCCGUGGAUCGGCCCGCAGCAGAGGGACAGCCUAAACCCAAACAAGCCAGCAAAUACGACAAGUUCCCCAUCAAGAUUGUUCACAAAGAGGACCUGAGGGACGACAUGUCCGGUUACCUCACAGAGUUUACCAGCGGGCUGCGGCAUUGGCAGGCGGGUGGAGGCGACUCCACGGCACACAUUCAGACACACUUUGAACCCUGGAGUGAAGCGCCCGAGGAUGAAGACAGGAGAAACAAGAGCAAACAGGAGAAUAAGAUGGACCACGAAAAGAAGCAGCCUCUGAAAAACAUCACCGCGACUAUCGACGACGUUCUGUGCGCCCGCGUUGACGCCCUCGCUUACGGCCACCCCGCGCGCUCCUUGCCCUCUUACCCCUUCAGGGUGCACCCAGAUGGGGAGGAGGACCACAUCACCUUGCUGGAGGAUGAGCCACGCUGCCUGGACGAGGCUCCGCUCACCACCACGUCUGCCUGGCAGGACUCGCUGUCCAAGCGGUGCAUCUGCGUCUCCAACAUCGUGCGGAGUCUGUCCUUUAUCCCUGGGAAUGACUUGGACAUGUCCCGCCACCCUGCUCUGGUUCUUCUGCUGGGCAGGCUGCUUCUGCUGCACCACGUGCACCCCGAGAGGAACAGGUUACCUCCCAGCUUCCAAAGAGACGAGCACCAGGAGCGGGGGCUGUCGAGCAGUAAGGACGAGUGGUGGUGGGAGUGUCUGAGUCUGCUCAGGGAGAACGCCAUGGUCACUCUGGCCAACAUCGCUGGCCAGUUGGAUCUCUCCACUUACCCAGAUACCAUCUGCCUUCCCAUCCUGGACGGCCUCCUCCACUGGAUGGUUUGCCCCUCAGCCGAAGCCCAGGACCCCUUUCCGUCGGCUGGACCCCAUUCUCAGCUCACCCCCCAGAGGCUGGUGCUGGAAUGCCUCUGCAAGCUGAGCAUCCAGGAGGGCAACGUGGACCUCCUGCUGGCAACGCCGCCAUUCAGCCGACAGGAGAAACUGUUCACGGUCCUGGUGCGCUACGUGGGUCAGAGGAAGGCCCAGGUGUACAGGGAGAUGGCGGUGGCUGUGCUCUCCCACCUGGCACAGGGAGACCCCACAGCGGCGCGUGCCAUAGCCAUGCAGAAGGGCAGCGUGGGUAACCUGGUAGUUUUCUUGGAGGACGGCGUUAGCAUGGCGCAGUAUCAGCAGAACCCUCACAGCCUGCUGCACAUGGGCCACCCUCCCAUGGACCCGCCCAGUAUAAACAUGAUGUGCAGAGCAGCUAAAGGCCUCCUGGCUAUGGCCAAACUGCAAGAGAACAAGAAAGAGUUUGUACUGUAUGAAAGCAGAUUAUUAGACAUCUCCAUCUCCUCGGUGCUCAAUGUGGGAGUGGUUGCCAUUAUUUGCCAAGUCCUGUUUCACUUGGGGAAGUUAUGACAUGAGGAGAGGCGGGACUGGCGCGGCACACGCUGAGGCUAACCAGAUAUUUCUGUGGUUUUUCUAUUUUUAUUUAUUAAAAUGACAGAAAAUGUUUGUGUUUUUUUAAAAGAAGUAUCCACAUAAACAAAAUGUCUCUAUCUAUAUACAUAUAUAUAUGUAUAGCUUCUGGGCAAUGUCGGGAUUUGAAAGCUCGUUUUAAUACAAAUAUUUAAUACCUGCUGGUGUUGGAUUGCUGCGUUUGAUAUUUUGGUUUGGCAUUAUUUUCUUUUGUUCCUUUGUUUACUUUUUCAGCCAAAGCUGCCACCAGAUCUUGGUGCUCAAUUCUGUGGUUCCUUUAGAGUCGAUGAGAUGUUUUUCAGUUUUAUAAACGCCAAUAUGCUCAUCAACAUUUUGUUAAUGGAGAGUAUUUAUUUAAAAUGUGACACUGUACAGUAGUUUGAACUUUUUGCCAACAGCGGUGGAGGAAAAAAACACAAAGAAAACACUGAGUUUUUAAACUGAAACGUCUCCAUCGCUGGAACAUACGUUGUGCAAUAGGACUUGGAGCAAGUUGUCCCUUUGAAAACCAGAGGAUGUAAAAGCUUCUGACACCCGCAGUGUGCGCUCAAGGCCACGAGGAGGCAGCAUUGCACCAGCCAAUCGACAUCAGAGAAGAGCAUCCGUCAGAGAAGCGUCUAAUUUAUCAAUCAUAGCCUCAAUGACUUUCACAGAUGAACUUUGUGUUUCCUGAUCACUUGUGUUAUGUCUGUAUUUUUUCAUCACUGUGUAUAUAAACUGUUGUACACACGAUUCUUUCGGUCUUUAUCUAGCAUAGCAGGAGACGGGACUUUCUGACUAUUAUAACAAAUGCUUUUAUUGUUGGUAAAUUUGGUAUUGUUAUUAUACAUAUUUUGUUAAUGGGGUCAAAUAUUUGAACAUGGCAGAUGUAUCUGAUGUUUCACCGUUCAAAAAAAACACACAAAAACAACAAAAAAAGAAGAAAAAAAUCCUGUAUGCGUUGUAUUAUAGCUGAGAAAACAAUCGCUUUGGUAAUGAAACGUGGAAGUGCCAGGGUGAGAGGAUGACUGUGGAGACGCCACGCGAGGAAACCGAACAUGUUUCUGUUUGUUCCUGUCCUCCGUUCAUGUCAGUGGGCAUAUUUUUGAAUCUACACGAUGCUCGAAAACAAAACACGUGAAAAGAUCCAUCAAAACGUCCUGAAAGCUCAUUGUAAAAAAUGCCUUUUUUCAUAUGACUCCAUGUCUUUUAUUCAGUAUACACAUUUAUACUCUGUGCUGCACAUGUCACAAAUAAAUGUACGAUGAACAUCGUUAAGCACUGGAGACGUUGCAUUAUGUCCAGACAAUCUUAGGCCAAUAAAACAAACAUCAACUGCUUA